AUGGGGGGAGGGCUACGUAUGACGCUCACUCUCAUUCGCAAGGGGGACGGCAAGUGUUUGGUCGUGGGCGAUCGGAUGGAUUUUGCUUGUCGUCUACCCGAUGGCGACGUGCUGCUCGGAUUUGGUUCCAGCCCUGUCACGCGUCCUUUUGACGAGACACUGUACGUUCUUUCAAAGCUUCCUGUAUGCAACCUGGUGUUGCGCAGCCGCACCGAGCACUGGUUUCUGCACGAGGCCUCGUUCACACCAGUUGUCAGAGAGGAGGACAGCUUGGUCGGCGUCUCACGCAUCUCCAUUGGCUUGCACGGGGUGUGUGACAGGGAAGACAAUGCGAGGUUUCCCGCGGCCGUCUUUGCCACUUGGGACGAGCUAGCACCCUGGAUAUGA